CAUAGCUGUCGAUCACAGGCACAACUCUGGGCUUUCCUUUAGCUGUGAAACAGAUCCGUUGCGUAGAGUGAUUUGACGGAGGGAGAGACGCUAGGCUGGACCAUCAGUGUGCGGCGUCGGUUAUACCCAAACAAGCAUCUAAUGCUUCUCUUCCAUUUAGAAAUACUGUAGGAAAAAAUAACAAUCUGGUAUUUUGCAUGCCAGGAACGGAAGAUCCCGUCGCCGGUAAACGGCUGGUUUUCAUUUUUUGCUCCUUGUUUAUCCUUCAUGAUAACACUAAUUGAUAGGAGGCAUGUGGAAUUAUAAUAGGAUUACGAAUUGCUUUUCAAUAGUGUUGCUGCUGCUGACGUCAUGGACAAAGAUGUCCCAGUCCUCUGGCUAUUUCGAGCUGCAGCUGAUUGGUGUACAGAAUGUAAACGGCGAGUUGUUGGACGGGGAGUGCUGCGACGGCAGAAGAAACGCGCUGGAUCUCCGCUGUACCCGGGACGAGUGCGAUACUUACUUUAAAGUCUGUUUAAAGGAGUACUACCAAUCAGUGGUCACUAUCACGGGAGCAUGCACCUACGGAGUGGGAUCUACUGACGUCCUUGGUGGAAAUAUUUUUUCUUUUAAGAAUACUAAAACAAAUUCAAAUAAAUUGAAUGAUGCUGGGAAGAUUGUUAUCCCUUUCCAGUUUGCUUGGCCGCGGGAGUACACCCUCAUGCUGGAAGCCUGGGACUGGGACAACGUCACACGCAACGAUGAGCAUCUGCUGAUUGAGAGGAGCAUCCACACUGGGAUGAUCAACCCCGGGACUGACUGGCAGGCCAUCCAGUACAACGGCCCCACCGCCAGCUUCCAGUACCACAUCCGUGUCCUUUGCGACGAGAACUACUACGGCAGCAAGUGCAACAAGCACUGCCGGCCACUGGAUAACUACUUCGGCCACUUUGUGUGCGACCAGUUUGGGAACAGGGGAUGCAUAGAGGGGUGGAAGGGCCCAGACUGUAAAAUACCGAUAUGCAAGCAGGGCUGUAGCCUUCAGCAUGGUGGAUGCGACACGCCGGGAGAAUGCAAGUGUAAGUAUGGGUGGCAGGGGCAGUUCUGCGACGAGUGCAGCCCCUACCCAGGCUGCGUUCAUGGGACCUGUGUCGAGCCCUGGCGCUGCGACUGCAACAAGAACUGGGGGGGCCUGCUGUGUGACAAGGAUCUGAACUACUGCGGGACACACCACCCCUGUACCAAUGGAGGCACCUGCCUGAAUACGGAGCCAGAUCAGUACCACUGCUCCUGUCCUGACGGGUACACAGGCAAGAACUGCGAGAUCGCCAAGCACGCAUGCACUUCCGACCCGUGUGCCAACGCGGGCACCUGCCACGAUGUGCCGUCAGGGUUCCAGUGCUACUGCGCCCCUAGGUGGGGCGGCCCCACCUGUGCCGAAGACUUGGACGAGUGUGCGUCCAAACCUUGCGCCCAGGGUGGAACCUGCAUUGAUGUUGAGAAUGGGUUUGAGUGCCACUGCCCCCCACAGUGGACGGGGAAGACCUGUCAGAUAGAUGUUGAUGAGUGCAGGAAGCCUUGCAAAAAUGCUUUCUCUUGCAAAAACUUGAUUGGUGGAUAUUACUGUGACUGCUUUCGCGGAUGGGCGGGACAGAACUGUGACAUCAAUGUGAAUGGUUGCCGUGGACAAUGUCAGAAUGGAGCCACGUGUAAGGAGGGGCCCAGGGGACACCACUGCCUCUGCCCACCAGGGUUCAUGGGUAAACGGUGCGAGAUUCGGUGGAACCAGUGCGACAGCCGGCCCUGCAGGAACGGGGGCCACUGCCGCCUGCUGCAGGAAGGAUACGUGUGCGAGUGCCAGGCGGAGUUCACUGGGCCUGCCUGCGAGGUGAAGAGAAUACUGGACCCCUGCAACCCCAGCCCCUGUCAGAACGGGGCGUCCUGCCACAGCUUGUCCGAGGACUAUUACUGCGCCUGCACGGAGGGGUACGAGGGGAAGGACUGCUCCCAGCCGAAGCACCGCUGCAGCUCCUCCUCCUGCGAGGUGAUUGACAGCUGCACCAUCGCUGUGGAGACCAACAGCUCGGGUGAGGUGCAUCACGUCGCGUCCAGCGUCUGCGGCCCCCACGGGCGCUGCGUCAGCGAGCCUGCCGGAAACUUCUCCUGCGUCUGCCAGCCGGGCUUCACCGGGUCAUACUGCCACGAGAAUGUGAACGAUUGCGCGGCCUUCCCCUGCCGGAACGGUGGCACCUGCGUCGACGGGGUCAACUCCUUCCAGUGCGUGUGUCUCGAGGGCUGGGAGGGCCGGCUGUGCAACCUCAAUGUGAACGAGUGCAGCCGUAACCCCUGUAAAAAUGGCGGGCACUGCAUGGACCUGUUCAACGACUUCUACUGUGACUGCGCCAAUGGCUGGAAGGGCAAGACCUGCCAUUCGAGGGAGAACCAGUGUGAUGCCAGUACAUGUCGAAAUGGGGGGACCUGUUAUGACCAUGGGGAUGCCUUCCACUGCACCUGUCCCCCAGGGUGGGGGGGCAGCACCUGCAACACAGCCAAAACCAGUCCAUGUACAUCAGGCCCCUGUGAAAAUGGGGGCACCUGUGUGGGAGGGGGUGACUCCUUCACCUGUAUCUGCAAGGAUGGCUGGGAGGGGUCUACCUGUGGGCAGAACACCAAUGACUGUAACCCUCACCCCUGCUACAAUGGCGGUAUCUGUGUGGAUGGGGUCAACUGGUUCCGCUGCGAGUGUGCACCAGGAUUUGCCGGGCCAGACUGUCGUAUCAACAUUGACGAAUGCCAGUCAUCACCCUGCGCUUACGGGGCCACCUGUGUGGAUGAGAUCAACAGGUUCCGCUGCGUCUGCCCGCUGGGAUUGGCUGGCCCUCGCUGCCAGGAGUUUGUAGGAGUGGGGAAGGCCUGUGACUACGUUGGACUACAAUUUCCCCAUGGGACACGGUGGGAGGAGGAGUGCAACGCCUGCCAGUGCAUCAAUGGCAACGUGGGCUGUACCAAAGUGUUGUGCGGGAAUCGACUGUGCCUCCUCCAGGGGGCGCCAUUCCAGGAUGGUAGCAGUUGCCCUGGGGGGCAGGAGUGUCUCAGCCACGCCUUCCUCACCUGCUUUUCCCCUCCCUGCGGCCAGUGGGGUGUCUGCUCCUCGCCCGACCCCCUGUCCACCAUCCACACCAGGUGCAAGCCAAACAACGGUUACCUGGACGACCAGUGUGCCAGGAUCACGCUCGUGUUCAACAGGGACAAAGUGCCGCCGGGAACCACUGUUGAGAACAUCUGCUCUGAGCUGCGUUAUCUGCCCACGGCUCGAACCCUAGCCCGUGAACGGACCCUCCUCUUGCUGUGUGACCUGUCCCAAUCCAACCGGGAUGCCGUGGAGUUGGCAAUCUCCUUCCUACAGGAUGUGCCAGACUCGAGCCUCAUUCAGGAGGCUGCCAGUACAAUGGUCAACGCUCUGUCCAAACGCCAUAACAGCACUGUCAUGGUGGCUGUCGUCAAGGUCAAAGUGGAGACGCGAAGUGGAGUCGUGUCCCCAUCACUGGACCCCCUCGUGCCCACACUGUGUGCCCUGUUUGUUGCCUUGUGGGUACUGUGCCUGGCCCUCUGCCUGUGGUGGACGCGGAAACGGAGAAAAGCGCGAGAACGAGGUCGGGUGCCAGUCGCGGAGAGCGUCAACAACCAGUGGGAGGCGCUGCGUCCCGUCGGCCAGCGGCACAAGGACAACAGGGACGUUCAGUACGAGUGCAGGAAGCUCAUGCUCUCCCCAAACAGGACUUGCGAUGAGGGGGAGGAGGAGGAGGAAGAGGAGGAGGGCCCUGCAGGUGGCCAAAUGGAGGUGGACAAGUGCCACUCUGGCAAACACCUCUCUAAAACCUCGUCACCGGCCAAAGCAGGGGUUGUCUACACCAUCAGCACCCCCCUGAAACUACUGCCCCACCGGACGGUCUACAGCCCCAAGGACAACCGGUGUAAAAACCUAGAAACCGUCGCCUAAGGCCGGGAUGUCAGAACUCGUAUGAGCUGGCAAGAUGGGAGACGAGAAGGAGACCCAAACUAAAACCUUUCUAUGUUAUUUCCAAAAAAAGCAGAGAAAUUAAAUUUAAAAACUUUUUUUUGGUCUACAUCAUUUCAGGGCACGGUGAUGACGCAGAGGUGAUGACUGUUUUUGAUACUCAUACACUGACUUUGCUCCGCUGUUGGACGCACAUCACGUGAGACGGUGUGCCGUCAAAAAAAAGAAUACGUGGCAUGGAAAUGGGAGGAAAGGAGGAUAAUUUUUUGUUUGUGGGCCAUGAUGGUUUUCAUUUAGGAGAGGGUCCCAGCCCCACUCGAGGGCAUGUACUUGUGGGGCAAUCCCCGAAAGACUUGCGGCACAAACGCCGACCUUCAAGGACCAAUCAGCCGGCAGCUCUCACCUCCUGGGCGGUGCCAUGCUGCCCUCAAUCUAGUUUCUAUCCGGCAGGACCCCCUGCCUCCAUAGUGGCCUUUCACCUUUUUGUUGUCUUCUCAAUGUUUGCAAAAAAUUGCAGUAUUUCUGUUGGUUGCAAGUGCCUUCAGUCCCUUGUUUUUCCUAUUGUAAGCAUUCAGAUAAAGGGAAAGCCUCCACGUAGAUUACCAUAUCACCGCAAAGGUAUUUGAUUGAGAAAAAUUUAAAAUAAAAAUAAAUAAAUAAAUAAAAAGUAUAUGUGUAUAUAUGUACAUAAUAAAGGAGCCGCUGUGUAUAUUUGAAUUUGGUAACUUAAGACAGGUCACACCUUUUUUAUUAUUAUUGUUAUAAUUAUUGGUUUUUAUUAUUUCAUUGUUUUGUUUUUUUACAAUGCCAUCCUUUUUUUAUUUAUGCCGGUUGACAAAGGCAUGUUUUAUAGCAAAUAAAUUGUACAGCGCCUCUCCCCCACCCCCAGAGCAUUAAUAUAAUCCAUGAACAUCCUAUUUCUUUUCGUUUAAUUUUUAUUUUUUUAAAGAAAUGUCAUACUUAAUUAUUGUGUGAUGUAUGCUGAAGUGUCUGUUUAUAAGUUUGCUGUCCCAGUUCUUGGGGAAAAUCCUGUGGCGCUCCUCAGAAAGAUGUGGCGCUGUGUGGCCACUCCUACUUUAGUUUUUGAACAUUACAAUGUCAAAUGACGUCACAACCAACACAUCUGUGAGCCCACUUUUGUUUGCAUUUGGCUUUAAACUGAACGAAGGGAACCCAUUUCUGUUUGCAUUAUUUUUUGUGCUGUUCCAGAACUAGGGCUGACCAGAGACAUCUAUAAGUUAAAACAAAAUGUUUUACCUCAGAGGUAGCAGUAGUUUGAUAGAAUUUUGGUUGUGCAUUUUCUUUUAAAUGUUUGUCUUGGACAGCAUCCCAUUUCAGUAUUUGGGACAAUGCAAAAUAAGAAGAAUAAUUCAGAAAAUAAAAUGAGCUGGUUAAACAUGCUGAACUGUAAAAAAGAUUUUCAGUAUGGAGCUGUAUGUUCGAAAAAUAUCGAUAUGCACAAAUUGAUCAUGCAAAGCCAUUUGGUUUGUUUAGUGGAAUUUUGUUUGUUCUUAAAAAAUAAACCAACAUAUUAAAAACCA